AUGGGUAACUUUCAAGGGUUCAAUUGCCAUGUGCAGGGUCUUCUCAAGUUCCUCUCGGAAGUACAGGAUAGCCCUGAGGAUCCUGAGCUUCAUGCAACUCUUACCGCAUGGAUGCAAAUCAGAUUUGUGGUCUGGUGGGCUCGUGUCUACUUCAGUCCAUUGGAGAUUCACUGCAACAUGCCUCCUGUGCUUUUGCCAGGAAGUAUUGAUGGGAGUUUUGAAACUACGGAGGAACGACGAGUCAAUGUCUUGAACAUCAUGUGCGAAUCGCAUCGUCUCAAUUGCAACCACAUACUCAAAUAUUGGGUCUGUAGUCCGAAUACCGACGAUGACGAAGCUACGCUCUAUAAAUUAAACGAGCAAUCUGAAAAGCUAGAUUUGUGGCUUUUAUACCUUCCGAUAAAUGAACAACCCUCGGGACUGCAGGUGCAGACUCAAGCUUUCCAUGGGAAUGAGUGGAAUAAUACCAUAUCUUUUCAGUCACACGACGCAGCUCUCAACUUUGCCUACUAUGUGCUGGCACGUACCAUGCAGUGUACUGGAGCCAUAAGUCGUCUUCGAAAUCGAAGCUUCCAUCGGGACCACAACCUCAGCGAAGAACAAAGCUGGACCAGACUAUUGCUCCAAAUUGCAAAAGGAACCAAUAUGCAGACUUCCGUUUCAAAAAAUAGCUACACAAUCGGGUUCUCAGGUCUGCUACUGGCUGCCCUGCUACGUUGUCAGGACUUGAGUCUGGGGCUGGAAAUACAAAAGUGGUUGGAAGCUCUCCAUAAUCUUCAACCGACAGAAGAAGGCGCAUUCCCGAUAUAUCAAACUUUGGGGGUUGCGAAUAUGGUCAAUCACCAACGAAAUAUGGGUCGUGAGAUAUACGGUGUAUCUCAGUUAGAAGAUGAUGGCGGGGGGUUCCCGAAGUUUACGGCUUACAACAGUCAAUCGAUUAGUAGCCUUCUACUUCAUGGGGUAUGCAAAAUUUCCGGUGAGAUUUUCACGGAAUGUGUCUCUAUUGAGGUAUGA